CGUCCGUGAGUACUUUGCAAAGUGCUGCGGAAAGGCGUGCGGCCAAAAGCUUACGCGAUCGCUGGCCGUCAUCCCUCUGGUGCUGCGCUCGCUUGCCGACUUUUACCUGGCAUGGGCAAUUUGACAAGGCCCCUACGCAUUGCCUUCUAUGUCAGUGGACAUGGGUUUGGACACGCAACACGGGCAACGGUGACCAUCAAAGCCCUUCUCUGUAAAGGACAUGCCGUUAUAAUAACCACCUCAGCACCCCGUUUCAUUUUCGACGAUCUCUUGACUACAUAUCCUCAAUGCACAGUCCGAAAUAUCGCCACGUUAGAUCCCGGUGUAAUACAAAAGGACCCUGUCACAGUAGACGUCGAAAAGACAAUGGUUCAGCUGAGGAGCUUUUUGGAUGGUAUGAAUGAUGUUGCUAGCCAGGAAGCGGCGUGGAUGGCGGAGGCAAAGUUGGAUAUAGUGUGUUUGGAUGCACCAUUUUUACCCGCUCGAGUUGCAAAGCAAGUCGGAAUCCCCACUGUCAUGAUCACGAACUUUACCUUUGACGCCAUAUUCGAUGCGAUCGCCAAACGGCCAUCGGACAAGGAACUGGUUCGACGAUGUAAAGAGAUGUACAACGAUACUCAAUACCUAAUCAGGAUCCCCGGGUAUAUCAAUAUACCUGCUUUUGAAGAUGAAGCGGAUCAAAGAAACGUUCUGGAUGUCCCUCUCAUUGUCCGCAAAUUUCGCCAGUCGCGUGCUUCGAUUAGGGAAAAGCUGGAUAUCCCACUCGAUUCUCACUGUGUGCUAAUAACUUUUGGUGGAUUCGAACUUCCGGGAAGUGCAUGGACAGCGGAGAAUGUGCUCCCAGAAGGAUGGUACGGAAUUGCUGCUUGCCCUUUUACAGAUCGAGAUGUACGCGGACGCUUGCGGAGAAUUCGGGCCGAGACCUGGUACAUGCCGGAUCUUAUCAAUGCUGUUGAUGUAGUAGUUGGAAAAUGUGGGUACGGCACGUGUUCCGAAGUCGUUGCACAUCAAGUUCCCCUUGUAUAUGUUCCACGAUCCGGGUUCGCCGAGGAACAGGGCUUGAUAGAAAAUAUGAUGAGGCCGUAUGGAUAUGCCGUUGAGAUGCCGCAGCAAGAUUUUUAUCGGGGACAUUGGACACCACACAUUCUGCGAGCCAGGCAAAUGAAGGAGGACCAUCCUCCUCCGAGUUACAUAAGAGAUGAUGGGGAAGCUAUGGCGAGCGAAUACAUUAUAGGGAUUGGACUGCAGAAUGCAAUGCGAAAUAAUGGUCCUUAUGUAGAAAGGUAGGUAUCUAAUUAGAUCUUGUAUAUAUAUUGCCCACCUAGAGGGUCAUGCAAGACCGGACAAAUACAUAAUGAUGGAUAUCUAUCUAUGCAACGAA